AGGGAGCAGCAUCAGCAGCAGCAGCAUCAGCAGCAAAACCCCAAAGAUUGCCAGUCGAAAGUGAGGGUUGUUGAAAUGGAAACUAACCCCAUGGGGGUGAAUUUCAGCGGGGGGAGCAAGUGCCACCCCUGCCGCCGAGGGCGAAAGUAAAUGGUAAAGCGCCCCCAGCGAAGCUCCCCUAUCGAUUGACCCAAUUGCGCUGCACUUUUCCAAUCCCGGCCAGCCGCGCACCGCCCUCAAGCGGAACAACAGCUACCGGCUGGCCAACGACGAGCUGAAGCUGGAGAUGAACAAGGAGAACCUCUCGGUGUCCUUCGGCUGUGAGAGAGCACCUAGUUCGGGUGCAAUGCCCCCAAGUUCCGUGCAGCACGCAACAAGUUCCCUCAAGCUGCGCAACCUGAGCAACCACCUGCCCGCCACCCACUCACCUGGCGGUGGUGGUGGCGGUGGGUCGGAGCGAAGGAUAGCCAAGUCCUUUGAGCGCCUGGUGGAUGAGUUCUCGCUGUCGCUAACCACCGGUGACGAUUCCUCGUAUCUGAAGAACAAGUCGCUCGAGAACUUCGAUGACUCACCAGCCCUUUUGUCCGUGCUGGCUGCCGAACAAAAGCCAGACGAAAACUCCGACUCGGGCCCCGAGUCCGAGGAGGAUGAGGAGGAAGCAGCUCCACCUCGUCUCCCCCUGCCAGCCCAGAAGUAUCACAAGUCCUUUGUCGACAGCGUGCUGCUGCGUCCCUUCAAAAUUAUCCUGCCCAGCGACGAGAACGGCAACCGUCGCCAGCGCAUUUUGCAGAAAUUCGAGGUUACCGAGAUCUGGUAGUUAGCCCCUUUUCUUGCCUCUUGAGCAAACACUACACCACAAUUGCCGAGAUUGGCACGGCUCAAAGGAGCGCCACACCAGACCAGACCCUCGAGCCACCUAGUGUGUGGGCCUCAUUAAAGUUGCAUGCACUUGGCCAGACGCGUUCGUGUUCAAUUGGCCAAGUUGGGUCAGCCCGUCCCGGGGUUCAAUGUCCAAUCCUUCCACACUUGAUAUGCUGCUCGAAGGCGAGCUCCUAUUUUCAAAGUUAACUUCCCUGAAUCACUAAGUUUAUAUGUCAGCUGGCUUGCAAGACUAAAUACCUUACUCUGUUUAUACAGUUCGGACCACACAGAACUGAAAAUUAUAAAAGAUACACUCUUUAUUUCCAAUCGAACCGUUUGUAUAAACAAAGUAACAAUGCCUUUUGUUUUGUAAUUUAUUUCCGCCGAAUUAAGCUCGUUUAAUCAGUUAAUUAACUCCUUUUUUGUAUGUGUUUUUAACCCUAGCUUUAGUGAUUAAUAAAUGUUAAUUGUUUACUCCUAAAAGCGUUUGUAACUAAUUAUAAUUAACAUAAACCAACACAUGACUAUUGUACAUUUUGUAAAGUUUUUUGCACCGUUCACGUCUUGUACAUCGAAAUAAUACUCAACUAUCACGAUUAGUACGUAAGCUUAAGUUCGCCCACGACUAUGAUGCUAAUUUUUCGAGUAUUUGAUUUCACAUCUACUCAUUUUUCAAAAUUAACGGAUUGUGAGGCGUGCAAAAGACUUCUACUGCAGUUUCCUAACCAUUUGCUUGUGUGUUUGUCUAUGUUAAAUUGUAGUAGUAGUUUUUUGCACGCCGUUCCUCCGACUAACGAAUGAUCAGUAGUGGCACGAGUAGUUUGAAAGAUUAGCACAUGGUUCAAUCAGUUAAGUUCUCGGCUAAGUUCAACCCACAUUCCAUAUACGAAAUUCAAUUUACCACCGAUCGUAAGUAAUGUUUUUACAAAAAAAAAAAGAAUAAAUCGAAAAGAAACCAAAAUUCGGCAUUGACAUUAUCAUUGGCAUUUGGUCUAAAGGUAAAGGAACUCCCAUUAUUAUAGUCGAACCAUCCCACCCAAAGCAUUCACAACCAUAUUCGCAUUUGCAUCCCAGCACCCAAGCACCAUUUGGCAUUUGUAAAUAUUCGCUCAGCUCAUGGGGAUUUGGGGGAUUCCCAGGUAAUGUCAUCCGAAACACCAAGGUACGUAUGGAACCGCUUGCCCCGAACGCCUGAUUUUAGUUGAUUACCCUAACGAACCGCACUUGAAAACGCUUACUAAUUCGAAAAAGAGAAUAUUGGUAUCAGAAUCUCAUCUUCAGCUUCUAAUUCCCUUUUGAAUGCUCUUCCAU